GCUGUGAGGAAUUGGGGGGAGCCAAACUUUGCUCAAAACUGCGCUCACUUGGGACAAACUGUGGAUACGUCUGAGUUUGUCAGAAGUUUGUGGAGAGCGAGUCACGAGGUCUCAGCACUUUUCUGAGCUAGAGCCGUGCGAGGAUGGGUGACUGGAGUGCUCUCGGGCGCCUGCUGGACAAGGUGCAGGCCUACUCCACCGCAGGGGGCAAAGUCUGGCUGUCCGUACUCUUCAUCUUCAGGAUCCUGGUGCUUGGGACAGCUGUGGAGUCGGCCUGGGGGGACGAACAGUCGGCCUUCAAGUGCAACACGCAGCAGCCCGGUUGUGAGAAUGUGUGCUACGACAAGUCCUUCCCCAUCUCCCACGUGCGCUUCUGGGUGCUACAGAUCAUUUUUGUCUCCACGCCAACGCUGCUUUACCUGGCUCACGUCUUCUACCUGCACCGCAAAGAGCAGAAACUCAACCGCAAGGAAGAGGAGCUGAAGGUAGUGCAGAACGAUGGAGGAGAUGUGGACAUCCCGCUGAAGAAAAUCGAAAUGAAAAAGCAGAAAUACGGCAUUGAGGAGCAUGGAAAAGUCAAGAUGAAAGGAGCCCUGUUGAGGACAUACAUUGUGAGCAUAUUCUUCAAGUCUCUGUUUGAGGUGGGUUUCUUGGUGAUUCAGUGGUACAUCUAUGGCUUCAGCCUGUCUGCUGUGUACACGUGCGAGCGCUCCCCGUGUCCUCACAGAGUGGACUGUUUCCUGUCCCGGCCCACAGAGAAGACCGUCUUCAUUAUCUUUAUGCUGGUAGUAUCUCUGGUGUCUCUUCUGCUCAAUGUUAUCGAGCUCUUCUAUGUUUUAUUUAAAAGAAUCAAGGAUCGUGUCAAAGGUCAGCAGCUGCCCCCAGCACUUUUUCCUGGUGGGACCAUGAGCACUUCUCCAAAAGAACUGUCCACCACCAAGUACGCCUACUAUAACGGUUGUUCCUCCCCAAGUGCCCCUCUGUCCCCUCCAGGAUACAAGCUGGCCACAGGUGAGCGAGGCACAGGCUCUGUCCGAAACUACAACAAACAGGCCAAUGAACAGAACUGGGCAAACUACUCCACUGAGCAGAGCCGGCUGGGGCCAACUGGUGGAGGUAGCACCAUCUCCAACUCACAUGCACAGGCCUUUGACUUCCCCGAUGACACAGUGGAGCACAAGAAAAUGCCCCCUCCAGGCCCCGAGCUGCACCCCCUCUCCCUGCUAGACCCCAGACCCUGCAGUCGCGCCAGCAGCCGCAUGAGCAGGGCCCGACCUGACGAUCUGGAUGUGUGAACACAGUCAUAAGAGAGCUCCAGAGGUGUAUGUAACACUGUCAAAGGUACAAGUCUGAACUACCUUUAGUGGCACUAACAGAGGAAACCAGGAGGACUACACACUUCUUAGACUAGUCACGUCUACCGCUGGAUAUUGUUUUGUCCAUAUACACUACAUUAAUACAUUGUCUUUACUUAUGCCUUUACUACUCAUAUCUUUAUGUUAACUAACCAUUUUCACUGAUGACUUUGGGUUAUUGGUUAUUAUUGACAAAAACGUCCCCUAAAAUAAAAAAUAAAAAAAGAUAUGUCCUAUCUAUGUAAUGUAAAGCACAAAUGUAUGCAGAACAGCCCCUGAGCCACAGUGGCACUAGAGAUUGCUCUUGUGUAAAGAACUUUAUGUAAAUACGAAAAUGACACAUUAAACAAACUACAAACUUGACUGACAAACAUUAAUAAAUCUUAGGAGGCCAUCUUUUCCACAGAUGAUGUGCCAUACUGACAUGCAUAAUUCUUCAUUUCUUUCAGCUUUUAUAGUUAAAGACAGGCAUUAUACCAUAUCUCAACAAUGUCUAAACAGCUUCUACAUUAAACCAUGUUUUGAUACAGAAUGCCAACAAUCAUCUGAAGGUUUUUAUCUGAUCUCAAAGACAAUCGGCUACUAUGGGAGCGAUCUAGUUACAUUUUUACAUGAAUUAUACUCAUGGUUUACAUGAUACUCAAAAUCCUUUAACUGGAACUUUUUAUGCUUACAUGGUCCAAGAGAGAACAUAUUAUUGGUUUAUAAAUAUGAUUUUGUUAUUUCUUGAAGCCACUACCAGUAAAAUGUGAGCGCGGACAAAAGCAAUCUCAAAGUGCGUAUUUAUUCGGAUGAAUCUUACUGAUGUUCUGUUACUUCCUGAGAGACUUGGAAUUUACGUGCUGUCAUCCUGUGUUAUUGUUUCUUGUUUUCACCAGUGUCUUUUUAAUGAUGAUGUAAGUUUUGCUGCUUAAAGAUAGUUUUAGUACUGUAUCCAGCUAACUGCAUCACUAAACCUGUUCGUUUGUAGAGGACUGCCUAAACAUCUAGACUAAUAUUUAGUCAGCUCACAAACAUUCUCCAUAGAUUUGACAAACUUUUGAUCCAGUCCUACUUGUGGGUUUCUUCUCUUUCAUUUGAACUUUAAGUAAUGUUAGCUUUGAUUUUGGGUACGUCUGUGUUUGUAGUUCUGUCAUGGAUCUUCCAGCUGUAAUGGCAUUUGCACUGAGAUUCUGGUGAGAUGUACUAUAAGGCACACAGUGAGAUGUUGAUGUUACUAAUUUAUUUGAUGCAGUGCCUAAUACCUGAAGUGUCUGGAGGAGAGUUCUUCCACUGAACUGAAGACUCUGUUUAUUGUGAUCCACUGUUACAAUGUAACAGCAUGAUACUGUAGAUUCAAACUGUAUUUGUGGAUAAAAUGUUUUAACCAAUAAAAUGUGUCUUUCCUAAA